AUGUGGUGUUGUCUGUGUCUACUCUCAGGUGUGUGUGGUCUCUCCUCCUCUGUGCCACGUCAGUUCCAUGUGGUGAAGGAGGAGAAGACCUGGACAGAUGCUCAGCACUACUGCAGAGAGAAGUACACUGAUCUGGCCACCGUAGACGAUAUGGCAGAGAUGGAGAAGUCAAUUAGAAUAAUGCAAGACGAAGGUGUUACAGGGGCUUGGAUAGGGUUGACCUACGGUAGCAGUCCCAAGUGGCAGUGGUCUCUGGCUGACAGGGAUUUCUAUGGGGAGAAUGAGACUGAGUUCAGGAACUGGGAUACAGGACAGCCAGAUGAAAGACCUGUACAGGCUGGGGGGAUUAGUGGAGAUUGUGUCGUCAUUAGAUUAAGGGGGAGUUGGUAUGACUCUUACUGUGAGACCACAUAUCCUUUCAUCUGCUAUGAUGGGAAAAACUCCACACACCCCUAUGUGCUGAUUGAAGAUAAGGAGAGCUGGCCAGAUGCUCAGAGAUACUGCAGAGAGCACUUCACAGACCUGGCCAGUGUGAGGAACCAGGCAGAGAACGUCCAGAUACAAGCUCUUUUACCAUCAGGAGUGGAUAAUGCCUGGAUCGGCCUGUUCAGAGAUGCCUGGCAGUGGUCAGAUGGCAGCAGCUCCUCCUUUCGCCACUGGAUUCCUGGGGAACCCAGUAAUACUCAUGGGAACGAGUUCUGUGUUGAAAUGUGGUCCACUGGUCUGUGGAACGAUAUACCGUGUGAUUUGAGAAGACACUUCAUUUGCUAUGAAGACAACCUGGUUCUGGUUCGUGAGAACAAGACCUGGAUGGAGGCUCUGCAGUACUGCAGACAGCACCAUGUGGACCUGGUGUCUGUGUCCUCUGAGAAGAUCCAGCGCUGGGUGGAGGGGUGGGCCAUAGGAGCCUCAUCUCCCCACGUGUGGCUGGGCCUGCGCUACGACUGCAACUUUGGCGUAUGGUUGUUGGUCAGUGGAGUCACGGCCUCCUACGACAACUGGGCCUCAGGUGCAGAUAGAGACGGGGGCUGUUACGGUACAACAAGGGCGGGAGCUGUGGCAAGAGAUGGGGGCCAGUGGGUCAGUCUGGACGGAAACGAAAAACUCAAUUUCAUCUGCACCAAUGAGGCCCCCUCAGUGUGGAGGACACAGAUAGUGAGAGUGAAUCUGCAAAUGGCGUCUCAUGUGGACAUGGAAGAUCCUGAGAUGCAGGAGGCCUUCCUACAGCAGAUUAAACAGCGACUGAAGGACAAGGGGUUGCCAGCGAAUACCCAAGUGAGCUGGAGGAAGCAGGCGGAUGGAAAGGUGUUCCACAAGGAGAAGAAGGAGGUCAAGAAGAAGCAGAAGAGAAAUGAGCUCUGCAGGUUUAACCUUAUGGUAAAAGAUCCCCACAAGGAAUGCACCGUGUGCCUGGUUUUCUCUCACACUGAGCAGGGAGUCUCUGGCCCCACCUGUGUUCCCCUCAGCAUCCACAGAGAUGGGGACUUUCCUGUGGCUGAUGCUUCUGUUCCCAGGUCAGUACAGUUCCAUGUGGUGACAGAGGAGAAGACCUGGACAGAAGCUCAGCAGUACUGCAGAGAGAAGUACACUGACCUGGCCACCAUAGAUGACAUGGCAGAGAUGGAUAUUUUAAAGGGAAUAAUCCAGAAAGAAGGAGUUACAGAGGCUUGGAUCGGGAUGAACUACAGUAGCAGUCCUAAGUGGCAGUGGUCUCUGGCUGACAGGGAUUUCUAUGGGGAGAAUGAGGCUGAGUUCAGGAACUGGGCUUCAGGACAGCCUCUUGCAGCUGGUGGAUAUUGCAGGAACUCUGUGCACCCCUAUGUGCUGAUUAAAGUUCCGACGACCUGGGCAGAUGCUCAGAGAUACUGCAGAGAGCACUACACAGACCUGGCCAGUGUGAGGAACCAGACGGAGAACGAUCAGAUGGGAGCUCUUAUUGCAGGUUAUUAUGUCUACAUUGGCUUGUUCAGAGACGCUUGGCAGUGGUCAGAUGGCAGCAACUCCUCCUUUCGCAACUGGGCCUCUGGAGUCCCUGAUGGACACAACUUGUGUGGUGAAGUGUUGUCCACCGGCCUGUGGAGGGGUGGAAGCUGCAGUGAGCGCAAACACUUCAUCUGCUACGGAGCCUCUAAGGAGAAGGUGAAACAGAUUGUGAGAGUGCAGCUGCCAGUGGCCUCUGGUGUAAACAUAGAAGAUCCUGAUGUGCAGGAGGCCUUCCUACAGCAGAUGAAGCAGAGGCUGGGGUUGCCACCCGAUGCCAAAGUGAGCUGGAUGAAGCAAGCGGAUGGAAAGGUGUUCCACAAGGAGAAGAAGGAGGUCAAGAAGAAGCUAAAGAGAAAUGAGCUGUAA